UCAUGACCUCGUCUCCUCUCUGUCAGUCGGCACGUCCCUCACAUAUCAUGCUAAGGUGGCUUCUACCAGAUUUUCCACCUCACUUGGUGCGCACACGGUUUGAGCGUACGUGCCUACCAUGAGUGUUAUGGUUAAUCGGACUGGCAAUACAGCGAGAGAAGGCAUAUCUAAACUGUAAGGUAAUGAUCGAGAGAGGAGCCUCUUCCUGUAUUUGCACCAGAAGAGCCACAGCCGCCGGUGUCAUGUGUAUCAGUGUAAUGCUUUCAGGGUUUGAGAUUAGCCCCAGACUGGUCUCUCUCACUCACAGAUAGGGAGCUGUGUGGUUCGUGGCUAUACUUCUCAACAAUAACCAUCCUAUUCUGAACAUCUAUUGCAUUUGAAAUUGUUCGUUCCGUCUCAAUGUCAUAAUGGACAGGUUGCACUCCUCCAUGCGUAAAAGGCUCUACAGUUUGCCACAGCAUAUUGGACAGAAAGCUUAUAUUAUGGGCGAAGGAGAAGACGGCGACAAGGACACCCGGAGGAAGAGUAUUAGGAUGAAACCCUUGCCGUCACCAACCUCCAAAGGAAGCAUCAAAGGCAUCGGGGAGACCAGAAGUGGAGACACGGUGAUCAUGGAGACAGACAUUGGGAGACCAACGAAGACCAGUUUAAAUGGAGAUUGUCGGAGAUUUCGUGGCAGUUUCUCCUCCAUCACCAGUCGGCAUGUGCACGACUCAGACUCGGCGGAGCAGAGGCGCCUCAUCACGGAAGGGGACGUCACCCCGAGCGAGGAGAGCCCUCCCGGAGCUAUUGGCGGUGGGGCGGACCAAGGUGCGCAAGGCGCCAGCGCUGGUGGUGCUGGUGGUGCCCAACAUGCUUCUCUUGACCAGGAAUCAGGGUUCAUAAAGUUGGAUGGCAUUGAUCAAAUUUCGCCGGACGACGAGAGAUUGUACCAGGCAGGAUUCAUACACAGGCAGUUUGGGGCAAUGCUGCAACCGGGGGUCAACAAGUUCUCCCUAAGGAUGUUUGGGAGCGAAAAGGCGGUGGAACGGGAACAAGAGCGGGUUAAAUCCGCCGGAUUUUGGAUAAUUCACCCGUACAGUGAUUUCAGGUUCUACUGGGACCUGACCAUGCUGCUGCUGAUGGUGGGGAACCUGAUCGUCAUCCCAGUGGGCAUCACCUUCUUCAAAGACGAACACACGCCCCCCUGGAUCAUCUUCAACGUGAUCUCAGACACCUUCUUCCUCAUGGACCUGGUGCUCAACUUCCGCACGGGCAUCGUCAAGGAGGACAACACCGAGAUCAUCCUGGACCCACAACAGAUCAAGAUCAAGUACCUGAGGAGCUGGUUCGUGGUGGACUUCAUCUCCUCCAUACCUGUGGACUACAUCUUCCUCAUCGUGGAGACGCGCAUCGACUCAGACUUCUACAAGACGGCCCGGGCGCUGAGGAUCGUCCGCUUCACCAAGAUCCUCAGCCUGCUCAGACUGCUCAGGCUGUCCAGGCUCAUCCGAUACAUCCACCAGUGGGAGGAGAUCUUCCAUAUGACCUAUGACCUGGCCAGUGCCAUGGUGCGUAUCGUCAACCUGAUUGGUAUGAUGCUGCUGCUGUGCCACUGGGACGGAUGUCUGCAGUUCCUGGUUCCCAUGCUGCAGGACUUCCCCCAGGACUGCUGGGUGUCCAAAAACAAAAUGGUGAACGACACAUGGGGACAGCAGUACUCCUACGCCCUGUUCAAAGCCAUGAGCCACAUGCUGUGUAUCGGGUACGGCAUGUACCCACCUGUGGGCAUGACGGACGUGUGGCUCACCAUCCUCAGCAUGAUCGUGGGCGCCACCUGCUAUGCCAUGUUCGUGGGUCACGCCACCGCACUCAUCCAGUCUCUGGACUCCUCCCGUCGGCAGUACCAGGAGAAGUACAAACAGGUGGAGCAGUACAUGUCCUUCCACAAGCUGCCGGCUGAUAUGAGGCAGAGGAUCCAUGACUACUACGAGCAUCGCUACCAAGGCAAGAUGUUUGACGAGGAGAGCAUCCUGGGAGAACUCAACGAGCCACUCAGAGAGGAAAUCAUUAACUUUAACUGUCGAAAGCUGGUGGCUUCCAUGCCACUGUUUGCCAACGCGGACCCCAACUUUGUGACCUCCAUGCUGACCAAGCUGCGCUUCGAGGUGUUCCAGCCCGGAGACUACAUCAUCAGAGAGGGCACCAUCGGCAAGAAGAUGUACUUCAUCCAGCACGGAGUGGUCAGCGUUCUCACCAAGGGCAACAAGGAAACCAAGCUCUUAGACGGAUCCUACUUCGGGGAGAUCUGUCUGUUGACGCGGGGUAGAAGAACAGCCAGCGUCAGAGCAGACACCUACUGCCGUCUGUACUCUCUGUCUGUGGACAACUUCAACGAGGUCCUGGAAGAGUACCCCAUGAUGAGACGGGCCUUCGAGACCGUGGCUCUGGACCGGCUGGACCGCAUAGGGAAGAAGAACUCCCUCCUGCAGCACAAGGUGCAGCACGACCUGAGCUCCGGCGUUCUCAACUACCAGGAGAACGAGAUCAUCCAGCAGAUUGUGCAGCAUGACAGAGACAUGGCCACCUGCGCCCACCUCCUGCAGAACAUUCCUCCGCCUCAGCCCCCGUCUCCGGGGCACACCCCCGUCAUCUGGGCUCCCCUCAUCCAGGCACCCCUGCAGGCUGCUGCCGCCACCACCUCUGUUGCCAUCGCCUUGACGCACCACCCCCACCUUCCCCACCUCCCCGCCGCGCUCUUCCGCCCGCCGGUCACGGUCCUGGGCUCCAGGAACCUCCAGGACCCUCCCCCCGGCCGGCUGAACAAGUUCCACACGUCAGCGCCCACCUCCUCCAUGGGACCUGACUCCCCCUCCAGCACCCCAUCUAAACUGCACUGCUCUGGGAUGGAUACAGCCCUGCUGGCCUCCUUCCGGGCCCACCACACGACUCAGGGGUCAGGGGCAGCCAGCUCCAGUCAGCAGGCGUCCAGCAGCAGUGGAACCCAGCCUGGGCCUACCGGAGCCUUUCCCUUUGGGCCUUUCUCCUCCUCCGGGGGCUCUCCCUCCCACAGCACGGCACAGAGCACGGCCCAGCUACACUCACAGCCCCAGACGCAGCAGCCAUUCCGCUGCACCACCCCGCCUCUCGCUGCCCUCUUCCAGCAGGGAGUCAUGGAGGGAGCAGUGGGGACAGGGAUGGGUGGAGCAACAGGGGGAGCUACAGGUUGGUCUUCAGGAGGCACUACCGGAGGUGAAAUAGGAGGGGUUGCUGAGGGGGCCACGGGUGGAACAAUAAGAAGGGCCACUGGUUGGGGUAGACGUGGGUCUAUAGAAGGAUAUACUACUGGAGUACAUAUAGGAGGAGCCACUGGGGGGUACUCAGAAGGGGCUAGUGGUGGGCACAUUAGAGGAACUAGUGGAGGACAUAUAGGAGCUACUGGUGGAGCAAUGGGAGGGGCUACAGGUGGAAUGACAAUUGGAGUUCUGGGUACCUCUAGUUCUGGUUGUAGUAUCAGCCCCCAGUCCACUGGUUCAUCCGGCAACAUUAACCCCUGUCAGCUGCUCCACAGCCAGCUGCCCCCCAAGCCUCCUCAGGUGGGCUCCCUGCAGCAGUUUGCAGGCGGGGGUAGGACUCCUAGUGGCUUCUACCACCUCCCCCCUCCAGGCUCCCCAUCCUCCUCCUCCACCCAGCAGGCCCCAGAGGGCUCCCCUUCUCCCCUGGCCCAGUUCAGCCUGGCAGGCCUCCAGUCUGGCCUGGUCCCUCAGCUGUCCCUGGAGAGGUCUGCCCUGGCCUCGUUGGCCCAGUACGGCUCAGCUAACGUCUCGCCCUGCUACACCCCCCUGGGGCCUAGCCCCACGGUCCAAAGCCCAGUCACAGGAAGGACUUUCCACUACAGCGACUCGUCCAGUGCCACAGGGUCCCACAGCUCUCUGCUCAUGCCCCAGACCUCCCUCCCCAGCCAGCAGCACGCAUCCGGCAGUGAGUCUCUGUUGGGGCUGGGCAGCUUCUCUGAGGAUAUGAAACUAUUGUCCUGUUCUAACAUCUCCCUGCCCCAGGAUGUGACCCAGGCCAUGGGAUACUCCUCCCUCCCACGCUCCUCACCCCCUCGCACCUCGCCCCCACGCUCCUCACCCCCUCGCACCUCACACCCAUGCUCCUCCAUGGAGCCAGGAUACUGCUUCUCCUCGCCCUACACCUCCCCCAUCCUAGUUCCAAAACCCUGUAGCUCGGUGCCAGGGCACAUGACUCCUCCUGUCCCUGCCCAGAUGUCUCCAGGACACCUGCAGCACCAGACUCAGUCCCCCGUGGCCUCCCCGGCCCUGCCGCCACGGAAAGGCUCGGCAGCCCACUCUGAACUAGAACCCGUCCGCUCCAAACUAACCUCCAAUUUGUGAGGUUUGAUCACACCCUCCCUGGACUAGUACACAAACGAUCUUCCUGUAUGAUGUCAUUCUCUUCUAGGCUUCACUGUGUUCUAAUCGUUAUCAUUUCCACCAUCUUAAUAUUACUGUGAUUUAAAAGAUGAUGCUUAACCAGGUAACUUCUAGCUCCCUAAGACAACUACCCUUUCUUUGUUUUUGUUUUGUUUCUCCCUGUUUUAUUCAUACGUAUAUACAUAGAAAUAUAUUUAAAAGAUAUGCUAAUCAAGGGACAGGAGGGUGUGAACAGAAAAUGAUAUCCAUUUAAGAGAUGGUCAUUUCUUUGUUUCUAACUAUGCCAAAUUCAUAUGAUGGGGUUUGGUUUGAUGGUUAGAUGGACAACACAAUAGUACUUUUUUGCAGGAACCUAUGCACUAAUACCUGCAUGUAUAGAUGCUUUUCUGUGUGUUUUAAAAGAACAGAAUCAACCUUUUCAGUGGAAAAUACAUGCUUCAAUAAGAGCAGACUGACUUGUUUUUUCAUCCCAAACAGGAUCACAUGUUGUUGAUCCUUUAUCAACUAUUAUCAAUGAGAUGACUUGUUUUUUCAUCCCAUACAGGAUCACAUGUUGUUGAUCCUUUAUCAACUAUUAUCAAUGAGAUGACUUGUUUUUUCAUCCCAUACAGGAUCACAUGUUGUUGAUCCUUUAUCAUCUAUUAUCAAUGAGAUGACUUAUUUAUCCACUCUAUAGACUUCACGAAACCUUCCGAGGUGGAGAAGAGAUUUUAGGAAACCAAAAAGACUUUCUUCUGGGGUGAUCAAUCUGCCUCCUCUUUGGCCUGUGUGUCAUUGUUCUAUUGUCGUAAUAUUGGGGGGUGUUGAGUGGGCUUACAGGCCCUCCAUCCCUGUAGUGAGACAGACAUCAAGUAUGAUGUGUUAGUGAUAGGCUUCCUGCAGUGUCCUCAACCCUGUCCUAACAAAUUCACUUUGUCUUCCAAGCUCAUCAUGCCGCAAAUGUUUUGGAUGGACAAGGACAAGUUGAGCCCUGCAAUCUGUGUGCUAGUGGACAGAGUGUAUGCAUUUAUGUGUGUGUGAUAGUGACUGAGUGUGAGUGUGUGUUUGAGUGUGUGUCUGUGUGUUUAAGAGAGAUAGAGAAAGAGAGGGAGAGGAGUCUAAUGCAAGGCAAGAGCUUGCCAGACUAACCAAGGGGGGUUUUGCCUUUUCACAAAACUAGGACGACCAUCCCAGCUUGUGUGUGGAGUUGUGUACCUUCAGGACCCUUCAUUCUCUCAAUGCUAGAAAAGACUACACUCACUAGUGCUCUCAGAGCCAUCAAUCACACAUACUUCUCAGUCAGAUAAUGUAGCAAACACACAGGAAAUAGACCAUUUGGACAUAAGCAAUUACGUUUGUUAUUGUAAUGAUAUCAGAUACCUGUUGAAGUGCUGCUUGACAGAAAAGAUCUUACCACUCCACAUUACUACCCACAGCUGCUGUACGGUCAACGUAGACAUUCUCCCACAUUGAAUGCCAGUGUUGAGUUGAAC